AUGGCAGGGCGAAAAAGCGUAGUUGUCAUUACACUUCAAAACAUCGUCGAUAUCUGGCUUAAAACUAGUGCAUCGGCCGUAUUCCCUCGUCAUUACUCUGAUCUUCUCCUACAUGUCGUCAUUGUGUCGCUGGAAAGCUUCAAAGUUUCGACCUGGCCUCGACACUGGGAACUUGGGCCGGAGUUGAUUAUCCUCGGCAACAACACUACAACGUCGACCUACAUCUACACAAAUCACCUUCGGUCCAUACAAAAUGGCAACCCUCCACUGUACAUGCCCGUUCUCGUCUCCUUUACAAACCAGUUCAACACGUCACUUCUCGAGCUUGAAACCACACCUCACCUGAUGCUCCCCACUGCAUCAAUUGCUUUUGGAGAACACGCCACUGACAUUCCCCCUUUCUUAGAUCUCCCACCUGUUAAACCCUCCGCGAUCGCCCUGGGCAUCGUCUUCAACCAAGCUGCCUCCGCAGCCGUUCUCGCUCCUUUGUUCGGUGACGCCUACCACCGCGCCAAAGCCGCCGACAGCAGGGAGGAAUUCUUCAAGUCCAAGGAGACCGCAACCGCAGCAGCAAGCUGGGGUACCUCGAUCGUCGGCUCCGCAAUCCAGACCUAUGGUGUGGCUGCCCUCAUCAAUGCCACCGGAACCCUCAGCUACAAGGGCUCCGCCUACUUGGGCGCUUUGAUCUUCAUGGCCUCGUACAGUCCUUCGCUCGUCUCUGCUGUCGUCAUCGAAAACCGUCCCAUUGACACCGUUGUCGUGGGCGUUCUAUCCCGCCUCUUCGAGACCGUCGGUCUCAGCAUGUUCCUCACCUACUGGGGCACUCGAACCAACCCAUUUGACUAA